CUGGGAUUCCUGCCCCAGCUCUCCCGGGAUCCCACUGACCUACCUCCCUCAGCCAUUCCCUGCGGGAUCUCUGGUCCAGAGCCGCGUGGUUUGAGCCCCUUUGGGGUCUCUCCGCCGGGAUCCCGCCAUGGAGGAGGUGGAUUCCCGCUUCCUGCACCUGCUCCAGCCCAUCCGGGACCUCACCAAGAACUGGGAGGUGGACGUGGCCGCCCAGCUCGAGGAGUACCUGGAGGAGCUGGAUCAUAUCGGCAUCUCCUUUGACAACGGGAAAACCACCAUGAACUUCACGGAGGCGGCGCUGGUGAUCCAGGGCUCUGCCUCCAUCUACAGCAAGAAGGUGGAAUACCUGUACAUGCUUGUUUGCCAGGCACUCGACUACAUCUCCAAUAAAAAUGUGGAUCUGCAAAAAUCAUGGGAUUACAGAAUCCUGGAGGCUGUGAACAUCGUUCGCUUGACCCCGAUGGCUCUGGUCACCCUGGACGAGAUAAAGAAGAAGGAAAACCCCCUGUUGAGCCGGAAAGGGGAGGUCCUGGCGAGCCAGAAGGAUUUCCGGAUGAACACCUACACCCCCCACCCCACGGGGACAUUCCUGCUGGAGCAGGCCGGGCUCUCCCCCACACACCCACAGGAGCAGCACCUGGGGAGCCCCAGGGGAGCCACAGGAGCUGCAGGAUCUGGUCCUGAUGUGGAGCAUCCAGGUGCCAGCAUGACUCCAGUCCGGGCGCUGAGCUUCUCUGAGGAGGCAGGCGCUGCGGGAGCAGAUGAUGACGAUGACGUUCCCGGGGCCUUGGGGGACGACGUGGAAAUGACCCCGGCCCCGAAUGAACACAUCGAGGCACAGAGGAGUUCACCCCGGCCACGGGGGUACAUCCUGCGGGAGAAAGCCCCCAGCCAGGACCCCAAAGCCCCCAGCAAGGAGGUGCCAGAUCCGUGGCAGAGCCUCGACCCCUUUGGAAAUUCUGAGGAGAAGCCAUUUAGGAAAGGGAGGCCCUUCCUGAUGUCACACAGCCUGGACGACGUGGUGGGAGGCAAGAGGAAGAGGAGGGGCCCGAGGAAGCUUCAGGACUUCACGAGAUGGUUCUCUGCAGCCUAUAACGAUGUCACGGACAGCCGGAAAACCAGGAGGAAAGGCCCCACCUUCGCAGACCUGGAAGUGCUGUACUGGCGGCAGCUGAAGGAGCGGCUGGCGGCACAGAGGAAGCUCAAGAGCCAGGGGGAGCCACAGCUGGAGCAGGAGCAUGGGGCUGACAGCGACCAAGGGGCAGAUGAUGAUUUUGUGGAGCACGAGGAUGUGGAGCAGGAGGACAUGGAGCCCGAGGUGCUGGAGGAGCUGGGAGAAAGAUCCCCAGAAUCCCCAGAGCUGGAAUACGAGGAGCUGGUGCGCAGGAACGUGGAGCUGUUCAUGGCCAGCUCCCAGAAGUUUGUGCAGGAGACGGAGCUGUCCCAGCACAUCCGGCGCUGGGAGGAGCGGAUAGAGCCACUGCUGCAGGAACAGGAGGCCCGGGUGCCCUUUGACGUGUGUGCCUACGGGCUGGCACUGAUGGAGCGCUGCGGGGAGCUGGGACAGUGGCGCUCCUUUGCCAGCCUGGUGGCCAAGCAGCCCCCCUUCGAGGUGUGCCGGUACCUGCUGGCCUCGCUGCAGCUGGCCAACGACGGGGUGGUGGAGCUGGCGCAGGACGAGGGGCUGGAGGAGGCGCUGGACACGGCACGGCUGCGGCUGCUCACCCUGCGCCCCGCCCACGAGAGGUUCCAGGGCUUGCAGCUGUCCUCCUUCAGGGACCCCCACCCCAAAUAAACCACCCCAGUGUACAGGAGC